UGUUGCUAUGGUUAUAUGUCAAUAAAGGACUUAUACACUCCAACAGUUUAACACUGUAAUCGUCAGGGCUUUUUAAUUAAAAUAAAUAAAAAUAAACCCUUGUAUAAGUAGAGAAAUGCCUAUCAUGAAGAAACCCCGGAAAACCGAGUCACUUGUGCAAGUAGUGGAUAGAAAGGCUCAAAAAAAUGGCAUUCUCCAUACUAUCUACAGCACAAACGGAGACCAGUACAGUGGAGAAUGGAAGGAUAACAUGAGACACGGAAAAGGAACUCAAGUGUGGAAGAGAGCUGGAGCUGUGUAUGAAGGUGAAUGGAAACAGAAUGGCCGUGACGGCUAUGGGAUGCUCAGCAAACUGCAGCGAUCAACUAAUAAAUACGUAAAAGUUUAUUCAGGCACAUGGAGAAAUGAUAAGAAAGAGGGGUUAGGGACACGUUUCUACAGCUCGUCAUCACAAUAUGAGGGAGAGUGGGUGGAGAACGAGAGGAGUGGAUGGGGAAGGAUGACUUAUGAAAAUGGAGAUGUGUAUGAAGGAGAGUGGCUGAAGGAUAAACCCCACGGUCACGGCGUGCUGUGGCUCGUGAAUGAGAACAGAUAUGAGGGCAGCUGGAAAGACGGGAAGAAACACGGACACGGACGCUUCUUUUACACCGGCAGCGGUCAGCUAUAUGAAGGCUUCUGGUUAGACGACAUGCCCAGGUGUGGGACAGUGUGUGAUUACGACAUGAAGCAUGCACCAACACCACCGCUGUACCCCAUCCCUCCGGUGAUGCUGCAGGAUGUUCAGUCGGUACUGACAGAGGGACGUGACCGGUUCUGUUCCAGCCGUUAGGUU